AUGUUUAGCAGCGUUAUAUUUGCGUGCACACACACAAAUCACUUCAUCGCUUUGACCUUUCUAUUUCUUAAUGUUUUACGUCAAAUUCUAUCAUUUCUUUUCAUUCCUUCUCCGACUCUCUCUUUCUUUAAAGCUGCCUUGCUUCCUUUCUCGCUCUUUCUUUCAUUUCGUCUCUUUCUUAUUUUCUUUCAUUAUUCCCACUUUCAUCCUUCCAAUUCUUUUUUGUCAUUUUUCUUCUUACCUUUUGAAAGGUUUUUCAUUUCGUUUUCUUUAAGUUUCUUAAAUACUUUUCUCCUUAUAUUUUCAAUUUGCAUCUUUCUUUCUUUUUUUCUUCACGACUUCUUUUUCUGUUCGCUUCGUUCUUUCUUUAAAACACUCUUUCAUUACCUUUCUUUUCUUUCUUACUUUGUUUCUUUCUUAAUUUGGUCCUUCAUUCUUUCUUUCUUUUUCCUUUUUUGUUUUCUUUUAUUUCUUUUUUUCUUUACGGCAUUUUUUAAUUUCCUUUCCCACGUUUCUUUUUAUCAUUUCCUUGAUUUCUUUUUUCUUUCUUUCUUUCUUUCUUUCUUUCUUUCUUUCUUUCUUUCUUUUUUACAUUCUUUCUUUCUCUUUCUUUUUUCUUCGCUGCAAUUUUUUUCCUUUUCGCAUAUUUCUUUCUGUAAACCAAUUAUUUUCUUUUCCUUUAUUCUUUUUCCACAUUUCUCUUUAUCACUUCUUUUCUUUCUUUCUUUCUUUCUUUCUUUCUUUCUUUCUUUCUUUGUUCCCUUUUCUUUUCAUCGCAGAAAUUUUUUUUUCGCUCCUUUAUGCAAAUCAAUUAUUCUCUCUUGCUUUUUUCCUUUUUCUUUAUUCCUUUCCCACGUCUCUUUUUAUCAUUUCAAUGACAUCUUUCUUUCUUUUUUACGUUUUUUUCUUUCUUUCUUUCUUUCUUUCUUUCUUUCUUUCUUUGUUCUCUUUUCUUUUCAUCGCAGAAAUUUUUUUUUCGCUCCUUUCUGUAAAUCAAUUAUUCUCUCUUGCUUUUUUCCUUUUUCUUUAUUCCUUUCCCACGUCUCUUUUUAUCAUUUCAAUGACAUCUUUCUUUCUUUUUUACGUUUUUUUCUUUCUUUCUUUCUUUCUUUCUUUCUUUCUUUCUUUCUUUCUUUCUGUUUUCUUUUUUUUUUUUCAUACUGUCUUUUUUUCAAUCUUUCUUUUUUUUUCUUCUUCUUCUCGGCAAUCGUUUUCUUUUCGCCCCUUUCUAUAAAUCAAUUCUUAUCUCUUUCUUUUUCCUUUUCCUUUUUUCUUUUCCACGUUUUCUCUUUAUCACUUCAUUGA